UCACUGACUCUGACUUGUUGGAAUACAGUAGGUCCACGUACUUGCAUGGGCUGGAGACGUAACAUGUAUAAACGGCCCACUGACCGGAUCUGCUAUUUAACAGGUGUAGCAGCAAGUACAACAGCGUCGUUUUUAGACAGACCUAGUCCGGGACUAUGCGCUCAGUCUGGGGUUUAAUUGCCUUGGUGGCCGCGGCAAGUUUUUACUUGUAUCUGCUGUCUGCGUCCCUGCCGCCGGGUCCGCGUGCCGCCCGUCUUCACGACGCUCAGCCUGAACACACCGCCGAUGAACCACGGGAGGAAGAACUCAGGUUGAAGUUCCCAUCUGAUCUGGAUGAGCUGAGGGAACUAGCUGAGCUGCUGAAGUUCUAUAAGACGGAACACACUGGAUAUGUGUUCAUCCUCUUUUGCAGUGCCUACCUCUACAAGCAGUCCUUCGCCAUUCCAGGCUCAUCCUUUUUGAACAUGCUGGCGGGGGCAUUAUUUGGGCCAUGGCAUGGACUCCUCAUCGCCUGCACUUUGACUACUGUGGGUUCCACCAACUGCUACCUGCUGUCCCGUACAUUUGGCAAACGCCACAUCGUAAGGCUCUUCCCUGAGAAGGUUGCCAUGCUGCAGAGAAUGGUGGAAGAGAACAGGAGUAGUUUGUUGUUCUUCUUGCUCUUUCUGCGGUUCUUUCCCAUGACACCAAACUGGUUUCUGAAUGUCACCUCUCCAAUCCUCAACAUCCCCAUCACCAUUUUCUUUUUCUCCAUCCUCAUUGGUCUAAUCCCUUAUAAUUUUAUCUGUGUCCGUACGGGUGCCAUAUUGUCUGAGAUCCAGUCUUUGGACGACAUCUUUUCUUGGAGGAUCCUGUUUCAGCUCUUGUUGAUCGCAUGUGUGGCUCUGCUUCCUGGAGCUCUGAUCCGCCACUAUAGUCAGGCCCACCUCAAACUUGAUGGCCUGGAACCUAAUGGACACCAAAAGGUCCUGAACGAUCGCAAGACUAGAUGAACCAAAGACACACAGAAGAAGAGACUGCAGCCUGUUGAUGUGGGACUGAUCAUUGGUCUGGAGUCACAGCUGAGGAUUUGGUUAUGAAUGUCUGAAUGCAGAGUGGAACCGACAUGGACAGAAAUAGAGAAUAUUAAUUACCGAAUGUCUAUAAUGAAGAGACUAUUAAUGUCUUAAAAGAGAACACACUCAGAUUGCUGAUGUUACAUAUAUAAUAUUGGACAUUGCCUCAUUAUAUAGGAAAAAAUUAAUCUGACAGCCUAGCCUAGUUUUUUUUAUUGAAGCUAAAAUAUUUACUUGUGUUUUCAAAUGAUGUUUAGUGACCACGUUUGUUUGAAGUUUGUGUGCAUUUAUGGUUUUAUUCAGUUGUGGAAACUGAAAAUAACUGUAAGUUCCAUGUGUUUUUGAGUGUUUACACAUUUUACCAAAAUAGAACUAAUGAUUAGUUACUUUGUCCUCUAAAUGGACACUGAUAAAGUAGUAACCUAAAAUGAUCAAAUCUAAUUAUCUGGUUUUAUUCAAGUCAAAACUAUUAUUUAAUAUUGCUCAGUUAACCGAAAUAAAUUAAUUUAUAAAAAAAAAACUAAUUCGGAUUAAAACAUGUAAAUUUAAACUUUCUGCUCAAGACCUGAACAUAAAAAAAAUUAUUAUAUACAUUUAUUUUUAUUUAAAAGUAGUACUACAGAUUUACCUAUACUGUAUCAAACUUUUUAUUCACUUAAAAAGAGAUGCAACUAUUUGUAACUUGAAUGUGCGAGGCAUACCAUGUCAUUAUUGUAAUAUUCAUUCAACAUAAUGUAGUAAUUAUAGACACUUGUUACUGCAUACUGCACUUGUUAUUACCUAUACAAGCUAAUGAAUCAGAUUAAAAAAAAAACAGCUUACUUCUGCACUGAAAAAUAAGGUGCAUACCACUAAAGUUAUUUUUUAAAGAUUAUUAGAUAUUAUAUUUGUGAUCCUCAAGCAUCCUAAUAUCAGGGAGUUCUUUUAUUUGCAAGUUAAUAUAGACUUGUGAACUGAUCAUAUACUAAAUCUUUUGGAGUUGCACAAUACAUUCAGGGCUUGAUAACGGACUUGAUCAUACAGUACAUAUACAACUUACUUUGUUAUAUUUGCACAUGUCCCACUAAUGACUUGUUUUGGACAGUAAGGCAGUAUUAGUGCAGUGUAUUUAAAUUUAAAGCAUAAAAUGGGAUCAGUACACAUUUGUACUGAUCAUUAGUUUGUGGUUAACUGUGCCAUGAAUGUAUCAAUUAUCAGAAUGUCACAGAAACUCUAAAUUCUAUUGCUGUUAAAUCAUUUCCACAGCAAUUUCAUGAAUUGCAUCUACAGGUGCUACUUUAU